AUGUCUCCACAAGAUACUUUGUCAGGAGAAUCGAUUUCCAACGAGGUUUCUCAAGAGAAAUACCAUGGAGAGAGUAACGAGAAUAGUGAUGAGAACCAAAUUCUAGUGGGACAAGCACCAGCCAAGAGGAUUGUACCGCCAUUGAAUUUUUGUCCAGUUGAAAGGUACCUCUACAGAUCGGGCCAGCCUUCACCUGUCAAUUUCCCCUUCUUAUUAGAUUUAAAUUUGAAGACAAUCAUUUGGUUAGCUAAUGAAGAACCACAGGAUUCAUUGCUUGUGUUCUGUGACCGCCAUGACAUUCAACUACAAUUUGCUGCCAUCAACCCAGAUGGUGGUGAAGACGAUAAUCCCUGGGAUGGUCUCACGGAACAUUCUAUAAUCAAUGCAUUACAGACGAUCGUGGACCAAGAUAAUUACCCACUACUGGUCUGCUGUGGCAUGGGACGUCAUAGAACCGGUACUGUAAUCGGGUGUCUACGUAGAAUUAUGGGCUGGAAUCUAGCAAGUGUGUCUGAAGAGUACAGAAGGUUUACAGGAAGCAGAGGUGGUAGAAUCUUGGUGGAACUACUCAUUGAAGCCUUCGAUACAAACUCUGUAAAGAUAGACCAUAAUAGAGCACCGCCUUGGCUUCUCACAGCACUAGAGCAGCCGGAAUAA